AUGCAAUGUAAACAAUCACUGCUUGAUUGGAGAAACAAGAUCUGUGUGAAAUCCCCAGAAUACAAGAUAUCUGUGAAAUCCCCAGGAUACAAGAUCUGUGUGAAAUCCCCAGGAUACAAGAUUUGUGUGAAAUCCCCAGGAAACAAGAUUUGUGUUAAAUCCCCAGGAUGCAAGAUCUGUGUGAAAUUCCAAGGAUACAAGAUCUGUGUGAAAUCCCCAGGAUACAAGAUCUGUGUGAAAUCCCCAGAAUACAAGAUCUGUGUGAAAUCCCCAGGAUGCAAGAUUUGUGUUAAAUCCCCAGGAUGCAAGAUUUGUGUUAAAUCCCCAGGAUACAAGAUCUGUGUGAAAUCCCCAGAAUACAAGAUCUGUGUGAAAUCCCCAGGAUGCAAGAUUUGUGUUAAAUCCCCAGGAUGCAAGAUCUGUGUGAAAUUCCAAGGAUACAAGAUCUGUGUGAAAUCCCCAGGAAACAAGAUUUGUGUUAAAUCCCCAGAAUACAAGAUAUCUGUGAAAUCCCCAGAAUACAAGAUCUGUGUGAAAUCCCCAGGAUACAAGAUCUGUGUGAAAUCCCCAGGAAACAAGAUCUGUGUGAAAUCCCCAGGAAACAAGAUCUGUGUGAAAUCCCCAGGAUACAAGAUCUGUGUGAAAUCCCCAGGAAACAAGAUUUGUAUCUGUGUGAAAUCCCCAGGAUACAAGAUUUGUGUGAAAUCCCCAGGAUACAAGAUCUGUGUGAAAUCCCCAGGAAACAAGAUUUGUGUAAAAUCCCCAGGAUACAAGAUCUGUGUGAAAUCUCCAGGAAACAAGAUCUGUGUGAAAUCCCCAGGAUACAAGAUCUGUGUGAAAUCCCCAGGAAACAAGAUUUGUGUAAAAUCCCCAGGAUACAAGAUCUGUGUGAAAUCUCCAGGAAACAAGAUCUGUGUGAAAUCCCCAGAAUACAAGAUAUCUGUGAAAUCCCCAGGAUACAAGAUCUGUGUGAAAUCCCCAGGAUACAAGAUCUGUGUGAAAUCCCCAGGAAACAAGAUUUGUGUUAAAUCCCCAGGAUGCAAGAUCUGUGUGAAAUUCCAAGGAUACAAGAUCUGUGUGAAAUCCCCAGGAUACAAGAUCUGUGUGAAAUCCCCAGAAUACAAGAUCUGUGUGAAAUCCCCAGGAUGCAAGAUUUGUGUUAAAUCCCCAGGAUGCAAGAUUUGUGUUAAAUCCCCAGGAUACAAGAUCUGUGUGAAAUCCCCAGAAUACAAGAUCUGUGUGAAAUCCCCAGGAUGCAAGAUUUGUGUUAAAUCCCCAGGAUGCAAGAUCUGUGUGAAAUUCCAAGGAUACAAGAUCUGUGUGAAAUCCCCAGGAAACAAGAUUUGUGUUAAAUCCCCAGAAUACAAGAUAUCUGUGAAAUCCCCAGAAUACAAGAUCUGUGUGAAAUCCCCAGGAUACAAGAUCUGUGUGAAAUCCCCAGGAUACAAGAUCUGUGUGAAAUCCCCAGAAUACAAGAUCUGUGUGAAAUCCCCAGGAUACAAGAUUUGUGUAAAACCUCCAGGAUACAAGAUCUGUGUGAAAUCCCCAGGAAACAAGAUCUGUGUGAAAUCCCCAGGAUACAAGAUCUGUGUGAAAUCCCCAGGAAACAAGAUUUGUGUAAAAUCCCCAGGAUACAAGAUCUGUGUGAAAUCUCCAGGAAACAAGAUUUUUGUUAAAUCCCCAGGAUACAAGAUCUGUGUGAAAUCGCCAGGAAACAAGAUCUGUGUGAAAUCCCCAGAAUACAAGAUCUAUGUAUAA